CCUCCUCGGAAGAUUUCCACUGUCAUCCCGCUAAACGGCUCAACUCGCUUUAAUCCCAACGGUUGACCACUGCGUGUAUGGAGGAGACACGGUGAUACCUCACCUAAAGUGUCAGGCCAGCACGGAUGAAAGCAAAUACACAUUUCAUGCAGACUCCCUUCAAAUCAAAGGAAAUCAGCCUUUAAUUGGAUUUCUCUAUGCAGGAGGCGAGAUGCACCGCAGCUGCGUGCGGGCAUGCAACGAGAGGCUGCAGACAGACGGACCUCGGUCGCCCUCACAAAGUUCUACAUUUCUGUCUUUGUUUAGGCAUCACACACACCCAGAGGAAUUGAUGGUGGCUUUUUUGAGCAAAUUCUUGUGGCGUUGAACUGCAGACAUGGAAGGGGUGAAAAAAGAUGCCCCUCCAGGGGGCGAUGGAGAAAAAUCCGACACCCUGGGGUCAACUGGCUCAGCCAGAAAAAGAGGAGGGGGGGCCAAGAAGGCGAUGCAGGCCAACAAGUCUGCCCUCAGAGCUCCUCGUGCCCUCUGUUGCCUCACCCUCAGCAACCCCAUACGCAUGGCAGCUCUGGCCUUAGUGGAGUGGAAGCCCUUUGAUAUCUUCAUUCUUCUUGCCAUCUUUGCCAACUGUGUGGCCAUGGGAGUCACCAAGCCAUACCCUGAUGAUGACUCCAAUGCUACUAAUCACAAACUGGAACAAGUGGAGUAUGUCUUCCUCGUCAUCUUCACCAUUGAGACUUUCACUAAAAUCCUUGCCUAUGGCUUGGUCAUGCACCCCAGCGCCUACAUACGCAGUGGAUGGAACUUGCUUGAUUUUGUUAUCGUCAUUGUCGGGCUGUUCAGUGUCAUGGCAGAAGCCAUGACAGACCACAAGCCAGGAGAGGCUCAUCACGCUGCAGGAAAACCUGGAGGCCUGGAUGUCAAAGCUCUCAGAGCGUUCAGGGUGUUGCGACCCCUCCGACUCGUAUCUGGAGUUCCUAGUCUGCAAAUUGUGUUGAAUUCUAUCAUGAAAGCCAUGGUUCCGCUCCUUCACAUCGGCAUGCUGGUCAUGUUCGUCAUCAUCAUCUACGCCAUCAUCGGCUUGGAGCUUUUUAUCGGCAGGAUGCACAAGACGUGCUACUCUACCAGCACAGGUCUAAUGAUUGAAGACGACCCAUCACCUUGUGCAUUCGCAGGGAGUGGGCGCUUCUGUGUUGGCAAUAGUACUGAUUGCAGGGGCAAGUGGGAGGGUCCCAAUGGUGGCAUCACAAAUUUCGACAACAUCUUCUUUGCCAUGCUUACAGUUUUCCAGUGCAUCACAAUGGAGGGCUGGACAGAUGUGCUCUACUGGAUGAACGAUGCCAUUGGUUUUGAGAUUCCUUGGGUCUAUUUUGUUUCCCUGGUCAUCUUCGGUUCAUUUUUCAUCAUCAAUCUUGUAUUGGGUGUGUUGAGCGGAGAGUUCUCUAAGGAAAGAGAAAAGGCAGUGGCCCGCGGUGAGCUACAGAAAGCGCAAGAGAGUAGGCAGAUGGAGGAGGACAUGAUAGGCUACAUGGACUGGCUCAUUGAGGCUGAGGAUGUGGAUGAAGAAGGAAACAAACGAGCUGCUAUUGCCAAGAAAAAGAUGAUGAAGAAGUUUGGUUGGUACAAACACAGCGAGGAUGGAGGCGAGUCUGAUUCGGAUGAUGACAUUGCAUACCUCGAUGACGACAACGGCUGCUGCGCUUCUCUUAUGGCCAAGAUGAUGGCCAAUAGCUUCUGUGACCAGUUGUGCCAGUUGAACCACACGUUCAGGAAAAACUGCCGCGUGGCUGUCAAGACUACUAACUUCUACUGGCUGGUUCUUCUUCUGGUUUUUCUCAACACAGUGGCCAGUGCUUCAGAGCAUUAUGGGCAGCCAAAGUGGCUCACAGAAAUGCAAGAGCGAGCCAAUAAGGUCCUAUUGCUGCUUUUCACUCUGGAGAUGCUGAUGAAGAUGUACGCCUUCGGGCUGCAGAUAUACUUUAUGGCUCUCUUCAAUCGCUUUGAUUGCUUCGUGGUGUGCGGUGGAAUCCUGGAAACACUGCUGGUGGAAUCAGAUUUCAUCCCCCCUAUUGGCAUCGCAGUGCUGCGCUGCAUCCGACUGCUCAGAAUCUUCAAGAUGACUCGGCAUUGGGCGGCCUUGUCCGACUUGGUCAACUCUCUACUCAACUCUAUGAAAGCUAUCUGCUCCCUUCUGCUCCUACUCUUCCUCUUCCUCAUCAUCUUUGCCCUCUUGGGCAUGCAACUGUUUGGGGGCAAAUUCAACUUUGACGAGACACAGAUGAAGAGGAGCACUUUUGACUCCUUUCCUCAGGCUCUGCUCACUUGCUUUCAGAUCCUCACUGGAGAGGACUGGAACGCCGUGAUGUAUGAUGGUAUCAUGGCUUAUGGAGGACCAGUCUUCCCCAACAUGGUGGUGUGCAUUUACUUUGUCAUCCUAUUUGUCUGUGGUAACUACAUCCUACUCAAUGUCUUCUUGGCUAUUGCUGUUGACAACUUGGCUGGAGGUGGCGGACAGAAUGAAGUAGAAGAGAAAAAAGAUGAUGAUGAAGACUGGGAUGAGGAUGAAGAGAAAGAAGAUGAUGCGGGGAACGAGGACGACGACUGGCAGGAGAAUGAGGAACUAAGAGCCAUUGAGGGACUGGAGGGAGUUGCCCCAUUAAAGCCUGAGUUUUCUGGGCCUAAAGAAAAGAUUGUGCCCAUCCCAGAUGGAAGCUCCUUUUUUAUUCUUGGGAAAAAGAAUUGCUUGCGAGUGGCCUGCCAUAACCUCAUCCAUCACCCCUACUUCACCAACUUCAUCCUCAUUUUCAUCAUCCUCAGCAGCAUUUCUCUGGCUGCUGAGGAUCCCAUCAAAUCCCACUCAUUCCGAAACAUUGUCCUGGGUUACGCUGACUAUGUUUUUACUUCAGUUUUUACUGUGGAGAUUGUACUGAAGAUGGCGGUGUAUGGAGCUUUUCUUCACACCGGUUCCUUCUGCAGAAACGCCUUCAACCUUCUGGACUUGUUAGUGGUCAGUGUGUCGCUCACGUCUUUCUUUCUUCACUCAAGCGCUAUCUCUGUGGUGAAGAUUCUCAGGGUGCUCCGUGUGCUCAGACCUCUUCGUGCCAUCAACAGAGCCAAGGGACUGAAAAACGUGGUACAGUGUGUGUUUGUUGCAAUCCGCACCAUCGGCAACAUCUUGAUCGUCACAACGCUCCUUCAGUUCAUGUUUGCCUGCAUCGGGGUGCAGCUUUUCAAGGGCAGAUUCUACAGCUGCACAGAUGAAGCCAAACACACUCCCGAUGAGUGCAAGGGAACGUUUGUGGUCUAUAAAGACGGGGAUAUGAACCAUCCAAUGGUGAGAGAGAGGAUUUGGGAAAACAGCGACUUCAACUUUGACAAUGUGCUGAUGGGCAUGCUGGCUUUGUUCACAGUGUCCACGUUUGAAGGAUGGCCACAGCUCCUGUACCGGGCAGUGGAUGCCAAUGCCAUAAACCACGGUCCUAUUUACAACUACCGGGUGGAAAUCUCCAUCUUUUUCAUCAUCUAUAUCAUCAUCAUCGCCUUCUUCAUGAUGAACAUUUUUGUGGGUUUUGUCAUCAUUACCUUCCGAGAACAAGGAGAGGCUGAAUUCAAAAACUGCGAACUCAACAAAAACCAGCGCCAAUGUGUCUACUAUGCCUUGAAAGCUCAACCGAUAAAAAUUUACAUACCCAAAAAUCCCUCCCAGCUCAAAUUCUGGAGGAUAAUAAACUCCAGCCAGUUUGAGUACGUAAUGUUUGUGCUGAUUCUGGGCAACACGCUCACCCUGGCAAUACAGCAUUAUGAGCAGUCCAAAAACUUCACCUCUGUCAUGGACAUCCUCAACAUGAUCUUCACUGUGGUGUUCACCAUUGAGAUGGUCAUCAAGUUACUGGCUCUUCGUGUGCAUCACUAUUUUAUUGAUCCAUGGAAUUCUUUUGAUGCUUUGAUUGUUGUGGGAAGCGUGUUGGACAUUGCAGUCUCAGAGUUCAGUGGAGGAGGAGGUCACGGUGAGGGAAAAGGUGAAAGUGGCAAAGUUUCCAUCACAUUCUUCCGUUUGUUUCGAGUGCUGCGAUUGGUCAAACUGCUCAGUAAAGGAGAAGGCAUUCGAACUCUCUUGUGGACUUUUGUCAAGUCGCUCCAGGCUUUACCAUACGUUGGUUUGCUCAUUGCAAUGAUCUUUUUCAUCUAUGCUGUGAUAGGCAUGCAGACAUUUGGGAAAGUGGCCGUUGAUGAUGACACACAUAUCAACAGAAACUGCAACUUUCAGACUUUCUUCAUGGCUGUUCUGGUGCUAUUCAGGUGUGCCACUGGAGAGCAGUGGCAGGAAAUCAUGUUGGCCGCAUUGCCCGGAAGGCGCUGCGACCCAGAGUCAGACACAGAGCCUGGUGAAGAGUUCUCUUGCGGCAGCAACUUGUCCUACAUCUACUUUAUCAGCUUCUUCAUGCUCUGCGCUUACUUGAUUAUCAAUUUAUUUAUUGCUGUCAUCAUGGACAACUUUGAGUACCUAACAAGAGACUGGACUGUACUUGGUACUCACCACCUGGACGAGUUUAAAAGAGUUUGGUCGGACUAUGAUCCAGAAGCCACUGGCCGCAUUAAGCACAUCGAUGUCAUCACCAUGCUGCGGAGAAUUCAGCCACCUCUUGGUUUUGGGAAACUGUGUCCUCACCGUGUUGCUUGCAAAAGGUUGGUUUCUAUGAAUGUUCCUCUGCACCCUGAUGGGACGGUCACCUUCAGCGCUACCUUGUUUGCGCUGGUGCGAACUUCCCUUAAGAUCAAGACUGAAGGGCCCAUCGAUAAGCAGAAUGAAGAAUUGAAGCUCAUCAUCAAGAAACUGUGGAAGCGGACCAAGCCUAAACUCAUAGAUGAAAUAAUUCCUCCCCCUAGAGGGGAUGAGGUGACUUGCGGCAAGUUUUAUGCCAGCUUUUUGAUUCAGGACUAUUUCAAAAAAUACCGCAAGAGAAAAGAGAGAGAAAGAAAGUCUAAAAGGAAGGACAAAGCUGCUUCUCUUCAGCAAGGGCUGAGGACGCUACAGGAUCUGGCUCCGGAGAUGCGCCUGGCUAUGGCGUGCGACCUGGAAGAAGAGGAGGGUGUGGAUGGAGAGAUGACAGGCGAUGAGAUAUUCUACAGUGAGCACGCAGCCUCGGCCACCACCACGCCUGCAAGCACACCCAUGCCGCCCCUAGAAGUGCUGAUACAGCAAACCGCUGUAGUUGUUGAACCAGACGCCAAAGAGAUGGUAAUCACUGAGCAGGUGACAGGUUUACAGGAUGCCCAGAGACCUGGAUCAGAGCUGGCAGGAGUGAGCGUUGUCACAGAGCAGCCAGUGCGAUCAAGGGCCCCGCUCACCAGGGCAGAUUCCAUCAGCAACCUACCUCCCCCUCCUCCUACGGACACUCCAGUCGGAUCUGAGUUCACAGCUCCUGAGGCAACUACACUGGGAGUGGCUGAGCAGUUUUAUAGCAAUGAAGGAGAUGCUGAAAGACCUGCAUCAGUAGACCGGUAUGCGUAUCCUGAGGCCACCUCUCCUUUACCACCUGAGCCUGACUACAACAGCCAGAACCUUGAACAAGCCAACGUCAAUGGUGGAAUGUCAUGUGAACCUCACAAUGCCAAUGGCUUCGGUAAUGGUUAUAAUGGAACCACUACCACAAGUGGAGGAAGUGUUGCUGGGAGCCCCUACCCGACAAACGAAUACAAUGGCAACGGAUACUCGGCAUACCAUGAAAACGGGAGCGUCAUGAGCACAAAUGACAACGGCCGUGCUGUGAGUAGAGGUUCCAUAGGGAAUGGCUACAAUGGAAACGAGAGCAGUGGUGCACAGUUUGUUAGGAGGAGGCUCCUUCCUUCCAUACCGAAAGGUCGCAAGCCCACCUUUAACUUCCAGUGUCUGAGGCCACAGAGCAGUGGGGAUGACAUUCCCAUCCCAGGAAACUAUCGAGGCAACACAUCCCCAUCCAGAUCUCGCCUCCAGACUCAGCACAACUUGGACUCCAGGCCCAGCAGUGUGUCCUCAGUGUCGUCCGUCUCUUGGGCCAACACAAGGGCAGCCGGCAACACACCAGGUCCUGGAUUGAUCACCCCCUCAGCACGCAGGGGCAAGCUGAUCUACACGCCUAUGAUCCUGGUGGAUGAGGCCACAAAGACCAGCCAGCCGCUGUGGAGCGACGGCUCGGCCAGCCUUCCUGCGGGAAGCCAUCCCGGCUGGUACUCUGGUCAGAACAGGACCGCCAGCUUGAGGGUUCCACCGGCCAACCAGGGCUUUGUGAACAAAGGCAGUGCUGACAGUCUGGUGGAGUCGAUCCUGAUCUCUGAGGGUCUGGGAAUCUACGCCAAGGACCCAAAGUUUGUGAAUUUUGCGAAGCGGGAAAUCGCCGACGCUUGUCAUAUGAGCUUGGACGAGAUAGAGAGCGCCGCCGCCGAUCUGAUCGCUCGUGGAGCCGGACAGUCGAUGUCUCACUUUGAGGACGAGCUGGCCGACGAAAUGAACUGUGUGAUUUCUUACUGACACUUGGAAAAACUUGAGUACCUGCGAAAAUAUGAGACAUAUAUUCAUUUUUUGUCUAUUGGCUGUUGCCACGAACAUUCAGGGAUUUAAGUGUGUGAACCCAACAAAGACUUUUAUGCACAUUAUGCUGUGUUUUUAUUUUAUUAUGAUUACUGUGCACCUUUUUGCAAUGGACUCUCAUUUUGUACUGUACUUAAAUGGCCACUUUCCACACUGUUAUGUGCAAUUUAAAAGGAAACUGCACUUUUUGGGGUGAAUAUUUCCUAUCAUUCACAGUCCUUAUGUAAGACAAGCACACCUAUGUUUCUCUUUGUUUAAUGCAUUUUAACUAUAGUAAAAAAAUGUGAGCAGAAAUUCGCUUACAAUAGGAGUCGCUGCCUAUAAAGCCCUUAUAAAUACAUCCAUACACCUCCAUCAAUGUUGUAUAUACACAAUGUAAGUAUAUAUGUAAUAAAGUAAC